GCAAAGAGUCUGAGCGCGCCUACGAAGCCAUUAUGGCUCUCCACACACCAGUAUCAUAACCUAGAGAGGGAGGAGUCUUCCAUUUCUGGAAGCCGGAGGAGCAGCAUCCGAGACAGCGUAAAAAUUGGAGUAACGGUGCUCGAAGGAGACUGGAAUACGAAAUAAUAUCAUUUUAUUUUCAACAUAUCAACGAAAUAUACAUGGAUGCACAUUUUACGAGAUUAACAUGAAGGUCUUUGAUUUAAGAUCAGGUAGCUGCAACCUUGUUUUGCAUGUGCGGUAAUAUUCCAAGACAUAUGUGAUACAUUGGGUGUGCUCAGCGCGAUAACGGCGCUAGCAAGCUAUUUCAAACGGUAAAAUAAAUCCAGAUUGCUAGGAGAUAGCCAACCAUUUUAUAGUUAGCCAGCUGUCUUGCGGGGGAGCAAGCUGCCUACUCGGGCAGAGGCAUCUGGUAGGCAUUAGCCGAAAAUACAAUCUCGGGGCGUGCAAAGAGGUGUGUUUUGUGCAAACGGUUGAUAAAUCCCGCGUCCUCGGUUCUGGUCGUGGGAUUAACCAGCCGGGAGAGACGGAGAAGGUGGGGCCGAGGAGUGUCAAAAACGGUCGAGCUAAACCCAGCGCAUGUAGCUUGGCGCUCUAGCUAGCGGGCUAACAUUACCUCUCCAUCGGUUUUCCAUUUGGGGAUUUCAUUUAGGAAACUAGAAUUAUUCGACCAUUGCUGGGGUAUUCCGUGGCAGUUACCCCUCUCUCCCAACGAGGAUCAGUCAGAGCUGUACACUUGAGGCCAUUGGCUUCUCUACAAAUAAUACCGUGUGGGGCGAAUUUCACGGGGGGUAGCGUCCCCGUUUGUCUUGGACCAUGGCGGACGACGACGUGCUUUUCGAGGAUGUCUACGAGCUGUGCGAGGUGAUUGGGAAGGGUCCCUUCAGUGUGGUGAGACGCUGUAUCAACAGGGACACAGGGCAGCAGUUUGCAGUGAAGAUCGUAGAUGUGGCCAGUUUCACCUCCAGCCCAGGCCUCAGCACAGAGGAUCUGAAGAGAGAGGCCAGUAUCUGUCACAUGCUGAAGCACCCUCACAUCGUAGAGCUACUAGAAACCUACAGCUCAGAUGGCAUGCUCUACAUGGUCUUUGAGUUACAUAGUAUGGAUACAGCUGACCUGUGUUUUGAGACUGUGAAGCGGGCGGAUGCUGGUUUUGUCUACAGUGAAGCUGUAGCCAGUCACUACAUGAGACAGAUCUUGGAGGCGCUGCGGUAUUGCCAUGACAACAACGUGAUUCACCGUGACGUGAAGCCUCACUGUGUCCUGCUGGCCUCUAAGGAGAACUCAGCUCCUGUCAAGCUGGGGGGGUUUGGAGUGGCCAUACAACUAGGAGAAUCAGGCCUGGUGGCAGGAGGUCGAGUAGGCACGCCCCACUUCAUGGCCCCAGAGGUGGUGAAGAGAGAGCCGUAUGGGAAGCCUGUGGAUGUGUGGGGCUGUGGAGUCAUCCUGUUCAUCCUGCUGUCUGGCUGCUUGCCCUUCUACGGUACCAAGGAACGCCUGUUUGAGGCUAUCAUUAAGGGGAAAUAUAAGAUGAACCCACGCCAGUGGAGCCACAUCUCAGAGAGUGCCAAGGACCUGGUGCGUCGCAUGCUGAUGCUGGACCCCGCAGAGAGGAUCACUGUCUACGAAGCCCUCAACCACCCCUGGCUUAAGGAGAGGGACAGGUAUGCCUACAAGAUCCACUUGCCAGAGACAGUGGAGCAGCUGAGGAAGUUUAAUGCAAGGAGGAAGCUCAAGGGGGCAGUGUUGGCUGCUGUCUCCAGCCACAAGUUUAACUCCUUCUACGGAGACCCACCAGAGGAGAUGCCUGACUUCUCUGAAGACCCCACCUCCUCAGGGGCAGUAUCCCAGGUGCUGGACAGCCUGGAGGAGAUUCAUGCUCUGACCGACUGCAGUGAGAAAGAUCUGGACUUCUUACACAGCGUCUUCCAGGACCAACACCUACACACACUGCUGGACCUCUAUGACCAGAUCAACACCAGGUCGUCUCCUCAGAUCAGGAACCCUCCCAGUGAUGGAGUACAGAGAGCCAAAGAGGUACUGGAGACAAUCUCCUGUUACCCUGACAACAUGGAGGCCAAGGAACUCCGGAGGAUCCUCACACAGCCACACUUCAUGGCCUUGCUCCAGACCCAUGACGUGGUGGCCCAUGAGGUGUACAGUGACGAGGCUCUGAGGGUGACCCCCCCGCCCACCUCACCCUACCUGAACGGAGACUCUCCCGAGAGCACCAACGGGGACAUGGACCUGGAGAACGUGACUCGAGUACGCCUGGUUCAGUUCCAGAAGAACACUGACGAACCUAUGGGCAUCACUCUGAAGAUGAACGAUCUGAACCACUGCAUCGUGGCCCGUAUCAUGCACGGAGGAAUGAUCCACAGACAAGGUACGCUGCAUGUCGGCGAUGAGAUCAGAGAGAUCAACGGGAUCAGCGUUGCCAAUCAGACCGUAGAACAGCUCCAGAAGAUGCUGAGGGAAAUGCGAGGGAGUGUUACCUUUAAGAUCGUACCCAGCUACCGGUCACAGUCCAUGUCUUGCGAGGUAUGGACCGAUUCUCUUGUGUCUCUAGAAAAUCAGAAAGAGUCCCCCGACCUAUCCAGACAGUCGCCAGCGAACGGCCAUGCUAGUGUCACUAGCUCCAUCCUGGAUCUGCCCUCUACCAUCCAGCCUAAAGGACGACAGAUCUCCAGACCUGUCAUCAAGGACAAAAUGUCCAUCAAGAUCUACGUGCGUGCCCAGUUUGAGUACGACCCCGCCAAGGAUGACCUCAUUCCCUGUAAGGAGGCCGGGAUCCGCUUCCGGGUGGGUGACAUCAUCCAGAUCAUCAGUAAGGACGACCACAACUGGUGGCAGGGCAAGCUGGAGAACACUAAGAACGGAACCGCAGGGCUCAUACCGUCACCGGAACUACAAGAGUGGCGUGUGGCGUGUAUAGCCAUGGAGAAGACUAAGCAGGAGCAGCAGGCCAGCUGUACCUGGUUUGGCAAGAAGAAGAAACAGUACAAAGACAAGUACCUGGCCAAGCACAACGCAGUGUUUGACCAACUAGACCUGGUCACGUAUGAAGAGGUGGUCAAACUGCCUGCAUUCAAGAGGAAAACGCUUGUUUUGUUGGGGGCCCAUGGAGUUGGCAGGAGGCACAUCAAGAACACGCUCAUCACGAAGCACCCAGACCGAUUUGCCUACCCCAUUCCUCACACAACCAGACCUCCAAAGAAGGACGAGGAGAAUGGGAAGAACUACUACUUUGUGACACAUGACCAGAUGAUGCAGGACAUCAGUAACAAUGACUACCUGGAGUACGGUAGUCAUGAGGACGCCAUGUACGGCACGCGGCUAGAGACCAUCCGCCAGAUCCACCAGCAGGGUAUGAUCUCCAUACUGGACGUGGAACCACAGUCAUCUCUUGUUUCUCUUCAGGCACUCAAGGUGUUGAGGACGGCUGAGUUUGCCCCUUACGUUGUGUUCAUCGCAGCUCCCACCAUCACCCCUGGAAUGAACGAGCUUCCCAAGUGGUGCAGGAAACUGCCUGAUGACUCCCUCCAGCGGCUGCAGAAGGAGUCCGAGGGCCUCCAGAAGACCUACGCCCAUUACUUCGACCAGACCGUCAUCAACAAUGAGAUCGACGACACCAUCCGUCUACUGGAGGAGGCUGUGAACCUGGUGUGUACCACCGCUCAGUGGGUUCCUGUGUCCUGGGUUUAUUAACCCCUGAACCCAGACCAACCAACAUCAAACUCUGACUGUCGUCCCCCAUUCCCCAACAAACCCCGGUUUUCUUUUACAAUGCGUCUCUGUGGAACAUCUCUGUGGAAACCGUGUGGAUGAAGGAAAAAAUGAAUGAAAAAGGACCUCUGAAACCUCAGUCAGUCCUCCUGAAGAAAAACAGUGACUUCUGUCGUCUUCCUCUCCACUCCUUACCGACUGCCUCAAAGGCACAUGUUGUGUGUGUGUGUAUAUAUAUAUAUAAAAGGCA